CAAACACCGGAUGGUACCCUGCUUUGAAACCGCUUGAGGAUUUGCAAGGAAUCAGAAGAAGAGAUUGCACAAACAGUAACAGUUUGUCAGAUUUAUGGAUUAUUAAUAAUGGAACCAGUGGUGCACAGGCUCGUUUAAUUAGAAAUUUUUAACAGACUUCAUCAAAAAGAAGGAUGGGGUUCUUUAACCAAUUGUUACUUUUACUGUGGAAGAAUUUCACAUUACGGAAAAGACAAAAGCUCCGUCUUGUCGCAGAAGUUGUAUUUCCACUGGCAUUGUUUCUUAUAUUACUGAUAGUGAGGAUCACAAAGCCAGACCUCAAAGUUAAACAUGGGGAGUGUCAUUUUGAUGGGAAGGCCAUGCCAUCCGCAGGAGUUCUGCCUUUUCUUCAAUCUUUCAUGUGUACGUUCAACAACACUUGUCACAAAACAGAAAAUGCAGAUGAGAUGCCCGGUGUGGCCGGAACAUUUACACAAACAGGGUUAGCAGAAGCUGUGACAGCCCUAGAAGAGAUACUAAACAACAAUGUUGAUUCUGAGAUUAUAGCAGAUUCUCUUACAGAUCUAAAUAUACUGGCAGAUCUCUAUCAGAAAAUAGUAGAUGGUACAGCAGUAGGAAAUUUCACUCUUGGCAACUCUGUGAUUGAUCCUGCAAAAAUUCGACAGCAGAUUAUAGACCAGAACUUGAACCUGACCUCUGAUGUUGUGGAUUGGCUUUUAAAUGCUACUCUCAAUAGACAGCUGUUUGUCAAUGGACUAAAUGAAACAUCGUUGAUCAACAUCGUAGCCUCUUUAGUGCCACCAACAUUUGUAUCGGAGAAUGAUACCAUAUCUUACAUACGACAAGAAGUGUGCAAUGAGACAAGACUGAAGGAGAUUUUCUAUUUUCCCAACCAGACCAUGUCUGAUAGAGUCCACGAUGAACUGUGUGGCCUGUCUCCAGACCAGUUUUAUACGCUAGUUGAUGACUUUGUUCAGGAUUUUGACCCAGUUGCUUUUGAACAAGAGAUCCAACAAUUUGUUAUGCAGAAUACAGAUGGACAGCAGCUGGCACUUACAUUGCUCGAACAAUGGGAACUAUUGCAGACAUUACAGAGCAACACUUCUUGGCAGAAACCGUUCCGUGACUUGAUGAAUGCCGUACAGAGCUUUCAGUCGGAAGGAAAUCUACCAACUGAUGUAUCAACAGCAUCUUUCUCCCGCAUUGCUGGUCAGUUUAUUUGUGGACGAUCUGGUGCCUUGCUUUCCAUUGAUGAGGACCAGGCAGAGAGUCUGACAGAGGCAGACCGGGAACCAGUUAACUCAGAUUUACCGUCCCAACACUCGCCAACUCCAGCGCCGUUUAGUGGAGACUCUGCCAAUCAGACUGGCCAACAAGACCAGGCAACCAAAGACCCAGUGUUUGAUCGUCUCAAAGACAGGUCAUGUGUUAGGGAAACAACACCACAAUGUCAGGCUCUGUUCAAGUCAUUAUCAAAUAGUGGUUCAGAGACAAGGUUUCUAUGGCGACAGCUGAAACCAUUUGUCAGAGGUUGUGUAUUGUAUUACCCGCAGAAUCCCGUCACAGAUGAGAUCAUAAACAAUACUCAGCAGUUUUUCCGAGAUCUUGAGAACAUAGGAAACCUGGCUGAUGCUUGGGCCGAUUAUUCCCCGCAGUUAUUUGACUACCUAAAUAACAGCCGUACCAUCAAUGCUCUCAGGCUGGUUGUGGACAGCAGUCUUUGCUCCUUGGGUUCAACUUAUGCCGAAUCUCAGCUCAGUCCAAAUAGUACAUUCAAUACAUCGGCGGUAUGCUCCUUCCUUAAACAAUAUCUUAGCAACGGACCCAACACCACACAAUAUGACUGGAGAGAUUCUUUGAGAUAUACCGACCAGCUGUUCAGCUACAUUGGAGAAUACAUUAAGUGUUUCAACUUUGACAAGUUUGUCGGCUAUACAAACAGACAGCAGAUGAUGGAUGACGGAAUCGCGAUGAUAGAGAACGAUUUAUUUUGGGCAGCAGUCGAAUUUACAGGGAUGGACACGUCAACGUCAAAAAUGCCGACAAAUAUUGAAUACAAAAUUCGAAUGGACGUUGAUAAGGUUGACAGUACUAAAAGGAUUAGAGACAGAUACCCAAAGCCAGGCCCUAGACGACAACCAUGGCAUCUUAAAUAUUUCAUGUAUGGAUUUGCAUAUAUACAGGAUAUGUUAGAACAUGCAGUUAUUAAAAUUCAGACAGGAAUCAGCAUAACUUCAGAUGUGGGAAUUGUAGCGCAGCAGUUUCCGUACCCGUGUUACACUGAAGAUAAAUUUAUAUAUGCCAUAUCAAGAAUGUUGCCAUUAUUUAUGAUUCUGGCGUGGAUUUUAACGACGGCCAUGUUGUGUAAGAGUAUCGUUUAUGAGAAGGAUAGACGGCUGAAAGAGGUGAUGAAGAUAAUGGGGCUCGGCAAUGGCGUGCACUGGAUGGCGUGGUUUAUAAACGCCUUUAUAAUGAUGUUUGCGACAAUUCUCAUACUUGUCAUAGUCCUCAAGGCUGGAAAAGUGUUGGAACAUUCUGAUCCCUCGGCUGUGUUAUUCUUCAUGACAAUAUUUGCGAUCGUCACGAUCAUCAAAUGCUUCCUCAUCAGUGUGUUUUUCUCGCGCCCAAAUAUGGCCGCCUGCUGCGCUGGAUUUAUAUAUUUUCUGGGUUAUCUACCUUACAUGUUAAUGCUGCAGUUUGAUGAGGUCCUCACCAGAAGAACUAAGAUGGCUGUGGGUCUAUCAUCAAAUGUAGCUUUUGGCUAUGGUUGUAACUUCAUAGCCCUAUGGGAGGAGCAGGCUAUAGGUCUACAGUGGAGUAAUAUAGGCAUCAGUCCUAUCAAUGAUGAUGAUUUCAACAUGUUGCAUUCUAUCGCCAUGAUGAUAAUUGAUGCAGUCAUCUAUGCCCUGUUCACAUGGUACAUAGAAGCAGUUUUCCCAGGGCAGUAUGGUAUUCCAAAACCGUUCUAUUUCCCAUUUACCAAGUCAUACUGGUGUGGCAGUGGUGGUCAGUUAGAUGGGAACGAUCUAAGAUCAACCAGUAUGGAACUAAAUGGGCAAGGCACAGAAAAAAUGGAGGCUGAACCCAAGAAUAAAAGAGUCGGCGUGGCAAUACGGAAUCUGAAGAAGAAAUACUCGUCUAGUAAUCGCUUGGCAGUUGAUGGUCUCAGUUUAAACUUUUAUGAGGAUCAGAUUACGUCUUUCCUUGGACAUAAUGGUGCAGGAAAAACUACAACCAUGUCAAUUUUGACUGGUCUGUUUCCACCGACAGCGGGUACAGCAUUUAUACACGGCAAAGAUAUACGAACAGAGAUGGAUCAUAUUAGACAUAGCCUGGGCACUUGUCCGCAACAUAACGUACUCUUCGACUGGUUGACAGUAGAAGAGCACCUGUGGUUCUACGCUCGGUUGAAGGGCUCUCCAGCAAAGGAGGUGAAAGCAGAGAUGGAGCAGAUGAUUAAAGAUGUAGGACUGCCUCAUAAACGAAACGAACAUUCUAGCAAUCUUUCUGGUGGAAUGAAGAGGAAAUUGUCUGUUGCCAUAGCGUUUGUCGGAAACUCAAAGACAGUGAUCUUAGAUGAGCCAACGGCUGGAGUGGAUCCUUAUGCCAGAAGAGCUAUAUGGCAACUUCUGCUGAAGUUGAAGAAAGGUCGUACUAUUAUUCUGUCAACUCACCACAUGGAUGAAGCAGAUGUUCUGGGAGACCGAAUCGCAAUCAUCUCUCAGGGUCGUCUCUGCUGUAUUGGCUCAAGUCUGUUUUUAAAGAAUCACUAUGGCAAUGGUUACUAUCUGACGUUGGUACGUGGCGAUACGGACUUAGAUGAGGAAGCCAUAUUGAAGGAACAGUUGAUGAUGAACAGCAAUAGACCAUUGUCUGCCGGCAGUGUCAGGACUGUUACAAGUGUCCUUCCGAGCAUUACCAAUGAAAUUGAGGAUGAGGGAUAUGCCGAUGGAAAGUCAGACAGCAGCGAUCCACCCACCCCACCUAACGAUGAUACCACAUAUCCAGGCUUCUCAGUGAAGAAAGUGACAUCAUUCAUCAAGAAGUAUGUACCAGAAGCUUGUCUAGUGGAGGACAACAUGACAGAAUUGUGUUACCAGAUGCCCACAGAAGCCGCACACAGGGGUGACUUCGAACGUCUUUUCCAACAACUAGAGUUUUCUCACUCAGAGCUUGGUGUCUCCAGUUUUGGAAUCUCAGAUACAAGUUUGGAAGAGGUUUUCCUGAAAGUUGCUGAAGAAAACACUGUAGAAGUUGAAGAAGAACUGAAGAGAAAUAAGCUUGAUGAAAUGGCUGAUGGUGGUAGAAUUCCCCGCGGUGUGUCAAGACUGAGUUUUAAACGUAAGAAGAAGUUGUCACUGUUGGGCAGACGUUCCGCAAACAGAGUUGAUAGCAAAACAGACCUUAUGGCUGAAGAAGAUACAGUGCUGAAGCGUUUAUUAGCAGGAGAUUCUGUGAUUUCUGGCCCAGUCAGUGACUAUGGAGAGAAUGGAUUUAGCCACAACCUGCAUGAGAAGGUCACGGGUUGGAGACUCACCAUGCGCCAGUUUAUCGCUAUAUUUUUCAAGCGGUUCCAUCAUGUCAGAAGAAGCAAGAAAGGAUUUCUGACUGAGAUUGUGUUACCUGUUAUAUUUAUCCUGCUUGCGAUGACUUUCUCCCUGAUAGCACCCCCAUUUUCUGAGGAGCCCCCAUUGGAGCUACACCCCUGGCAUUAUGAACCAGUGAGAGGAGACUCUCAUCUCCACAUGUUCUAUAGUAAUGAUGCCUAUAACAACCCUGUUUCUGAGAAGAUGGAAGAUAUUAUACAGACCAAACCUGGUGUAGGAAACAGAUGUGUCAAUAAACAUUCUAUUGCGGGUCAUCCAUGUGAACCAGUAGGUCAGCAGAUUUUCCCGCAGCAAGCACCUUGGAACCAGACCAGAAACUGUGACUGUAGUACCGGUUGGCAGGUGUGUCCGGAUAAUGCUGCCGGACCGACUCCUCCGAAGGUGCUUCUCCCAACAACAGACUACCUAUAUAAUAUGACAGGAAGGCAAAUCAGUGACUAUCUGAUAAAAACACAGAAAGAGUUUGCAAAGAGAAGGUAUGGUGGUCUUUCGUUUGGAGAGAGAGACUAUGCCGCCUUUACUGCCAAUAUUUCACAGGUCCAGGAUUAUCUGGAGAGAAUAUUGAAGGCUGCAAACAAUGGUACUACAGUGUCACUAGGGGACCGAGAAUUCUGGUAUGACCUGACAGAAGUUCUUCCAUCUCUGGCAGUGAAAGACGUAGCAAAGGUCUGGUUCAACAAUCGGGGCUGGGCUGCAUCUGUCUCAUACAUCAACGUAAUGAACAACUUGAUACUGAGAAGUAAUCUACCCUCGGGAACAAACCCCGCUGACUACAGUAUAGUAGCAAUAAACCAUCCCAUGGAGAUGACAAAAGAACAGCUUAAUGAUGAAGCCUUGUACAGCAGUUUUAAGGAUGUGGUAAUUGCUAUCUGUGUGAUAUUUGCAAUGUCGUUCAUCCCGGCUAGUUUUACCAUGUACCUGAUUGAAGAACGGACCUCCAACUCUAAACAUCUACAGUUUGUCAGCGGAGUUAACCCCAUUAUCUACUGGGUGUCAAAUUUCUGCUGGGAUAUGAUAAAUUACCUGAUACCAACAGUGCUGUGUAUAUUUAUAUUUCUGGCAUUCAACACAAAGGCCUAUGUAUCUGCAACAAAUGCCCCCUGUCUAGUUGCCUUACUCUGCUUAUAUGGUUGGGCGAUGAUUCCCCUGAUGUACCCCUUCUCUCGAGUGUUUAGUGUACCCAGUACAGCCCUCGUUUCCCUCAAAUCUGUGAACAUAUUCCUAGGAACAGUGUCCACACUGGCAACCUUCAUUAUAGAAUUCCUAGAGGAAGAUGAUGAGGGCUUGAAAGACAUCAACAAUAUUUUGAAGCAAGUGUUCCUGCUGUUACCGCAAUACUGUCUGGGACGAGGGCUGUUUGAUAUGGCCAAGAACCAGCUGUUUGCUGAUGUUUACGCAAGGUUUGGGGAAAACAUGCUGCCAAGCCCGUUUGAGUGGAAGAUUGUUGGUCGUAACUUGUUCAGCAUGUUCAUGCUUGGAAUCCUGUUCUUUAUCAUUAAUCUUUUGAUAGAGUACAAGUUCUUCAUCAGAUCUAGGGUAUUGAAGCCAUCGAAGGAGACUGUAGAUGAUGAGGAUGAUGAUGUAGCUAGAGAGAGGAAGCGGGUCAUUUCUGGUAAUGCUAAAGAUGAUGUUCUCAGAUUGGAAGAAUUAUCAAAGGUGUACAGUUCACGAGGGCAGCGGGGUCGACUCACUGCUGUGGACAGGCUGUGUGUAGGAGUUCCCAAGGGGCAGUGUUUUGGUUUACUAGGAGUUAAUGGUGCAGGCAAAACAACAACAUUUAAGAUGUUAACAGGGGAUGAGAGAUUGUCAAGAGGAAAUGCCUAUGUGAAUAACUACAGCAUACUGAAUGAGAUGGUACAGGUUCGACAGAACAUCGGUUAUUGCCCACAGUUUGAUGCCCUUGAUCCUCUGCUAACAGGAGUAGAACAUCUGAGGUUCUAUGCCAGACUGAGAGGUAUCCCAGAAUCAGAUGUGAGAGAGGUUGCUGACUGGGCUAUAAGAAGACUUGGACUUCUGCCUCAUGCAAACAAAAUCUCCACAAACUAUUCUGGUGGCAACAAGAGGAAGCUAUCCACUGCCAUAUCACUUAUAGGAAAUCCUUCUGUCAUUUUCUUGGAUGAACCAACAACUGGUAUGGACCCUGGGGCCAGGAGGUUUCUGUGGGAUUGUAUCAACAACAUUGUCAAGGAUGGGAGAUCUGUUAUAUUAACUUCUCACAGUAUGGAAGAGUGUGAGGCAUUAUGUGGUCGCCUGGCUAUAAUGGUAAAUGGUAGAUUUAGAUGUCUGGGCAGUAUACAGCAUCUUAAAAACAGAUUUGGUGAUGGAUAUACGGUGAUUAUUCGUGUAUCAGGCGAGGAACCAGAAAUGGAUCCUGUCAUGGAUUUCUUCAACUCGGAAUUUCCAAAGUCUGUGUUGAAAGAGAAACACCAUAACAUGUUGCAGUACCAGCUUGGGUCAGACAUUCAGCUGUCCGUACUUUUCGGCCAGAUCGAGGCUGUGAGAGACAAACUGAAUAUAGAAGAUUAUUCUGUGUCACAGACAACUUUGGACCAGGUGUUUAUCAACUUUGCCAAGCUGCAGUCUGAUUUAGCGGAUGAUGAGAUUGAUGAAAUGCCAGAAGAUCUUGGCUUGAUCGGUACAGCAAGAACUUUACCAAGUGAAGCAGAGGGACAGAGUUUGGCAGGAAGCACUGCAGGGCUUAUAAGAAAUGAAUAUCGCCAUAGCAACCACAGUUACCGUCCCCCUGGUGCAGGUGAUGAUGAGAGCUUACAUCUGACCAAUAUUCGGGAACCAUUCCAGUCCCGACCAAUCAGAUCACAGGAUCACAGUCAAAAUGCUCCAAUUAUUAGUUUGCCUUACCAGGUUAAAGGUCAAGAAAGUAGCAAGGACUACGACUCUCAGAGUGAAGUUUCUGUAGCAUCAUUGCAAAGACGAGGUCGACCUAUCACCAGAUUUGAUGAUGAUCCAUCAAACACGAUUCCAAAUCCAGAAGUUUAGGUAUUCUGUGAUCCAUUGUCUGAUGAAAUGCAUUCAGAAAUUUGCAGACUGUUGUGUUUAAGUCUGACAUAUUUAUGAGGAAGAAUGAAUACUCGUGUGUUAAUGUGAAUUUUGUAUGAUAAAAUGUGUAUUCCAGAAAGGAAUACUAAUUGUGUAAACUUAUAUGCAUUAUGACAAAGAAUUUAUUCCAGGUAGGAAUCUCAUAUUUGUUGCGCUUAUUAAUUUUGUUACGAGGUACAUCAUACGGUUUAUUACUUAAGUGUAUAAUGUACCAUACAUAUUUAUUGAUUGUUUUGUUUAUAUAUGUAGAUGUUAAAUAUUUGACUCAUUUUUGUUGUCACAGAUAAAGAAAAUCAUGGUAUCAUGUUAUAAAAUAUUGUUUUCUCUUUGUAAUGAAAAAAAAUUACAUAUCAUAUGAUAUUCUUCUUUCUAGAAUUUCUGAUUUAAAAGUAUUACUUGUACCAGUGGGAUUCUUUUACAUGUGAAAUAUGUUAAAGACACAAAAUGGCCAGUUUUAUUACUGAUUUCCGAUUUUUGAAACUAUUGACAAGUGUGACUUGUAGCUUCUGACAGUUUAAGACACUUUUUUUCAGAUUAACAGUUAUUAAGUAUAUUGAGGCCACACAAGAUUUUUAUUUGCCAGACAUCUUCAAACACUAUUCUAUCUUUUAUAAUAUUAUGAAACGUUUUAAAAAAUCUCUGAAACUUUUAGUCUGUUUUAUAGUGAAAAAAAGAUUUUGUUCAUCAGUGAAACUGAAUUUUAAGUUGACAAAGAUAUCUGACAUGGUAAAUUUGAAAUUAAAGUCUGCCAGUUUUAAGCCGAAAAGAUUUUUUUAUUGUUUGAAUGAUAAUUCCAAACUUACAUAUGUAUAUGUAAUCCAAAUAUUUUUCAAUCUGGCCCAAAUACCUUUUUUUAUAUUUCUUUUCUGAUAUUUGUGCCAUUUCUGUGAUAUUAUGUACUUACUGUAUGAGGAAUGGUUUAUAAUGUGCAAUUUGAAUAACUUAAUGUAAUUGUUUUACAAACAUUUGCUCACUUUUUCACACUGUUGAAACAUUAUUGUCCAAAGAAAAUCUUACUUGCUGUGACAAUGUUAUUUUCUCCACAAAUGGAGCAUUAUAUUAAGGUUAUGGACCAAUAAUGACAUUUCUAAUGCUGUUUAGCUUGUAUAAGGAAUCGGACAAAGAAUGCUGAAAUCACAUAUGGAGAAUUAUGUUAUCGCCAGAAAUUUUUAGCAUGUAACAGUUUAAAGGGGUUUGUAGCAGUUUAAAGGGCCUGCUAGCAGUUCAAAGGGGCACUCAGCAGUUUACAUAGGCUUCUAGCAGUUUAAAGAGAAUUCCUAUAGUUUUUUUCCUUUCAUAGAAUUUUUUUAAAUUCACAUAUAUGAUAGGAAAAUUUGUACUGAAAACAAUGAACAAAUAAAAACAAUAGGUCACCAGGCUUGUUUUUGUGAAAAAUUGUUUUGAACACACCCACUGUUGCUAAAACUGCUAGCGAUUUUUCAACAUUUUCAUAAUUUUCUGCUUUUUUAUAAAUACCAACCAAAAUAUACAUCAAGACAGCACAAUAAGGUUUUUUUUCUUUUUACAGAUUUUAUUAUGUACUUAUUCGAUAUCAUAGUCAUAUUUGUAAUACUCUAUCCUUACAAUAAUGGGUACAAACGAAAAAAAAAUGUUGUUUCAUAUUUACUUUUGUGAACUUUUUUCAGUGAAAAAUACCCAUAGUGAAGAAUAUUUUUUUAAGUUUUGAAGAAAUUCUUUCAUAGAAUUUUUUCCUGUUUUUCUUGUGUAUAGAUAAUUGUAUUGUGAGCAUAAAAAUGGCUAAAAAUGUAUGGGUCACCAGGCUACAUUUUAUGUUAAGAUCGCAAGAAUACAACACCUGUUCGGACGGAAAAUGGAGCGAACCUGGCCAAAUUGAUUACAUGUAUGUCUGCUAGAAGUUAAAAAAAAGUUUUAAAAAUUCUUAAUUCUUUCUAUAAUUGAAUACUAAAUAAUUUGAAAGGUGAUAUUGUCUUAUCAGUACUAUGUCAAUUAUCUUACAUUAUAUGAACAACACUGUCUUUGUACCAAAAUGCGAUGUGAAAACACAACCACAAAUAUAGCAAGAUACCUGUCAGGCAUGAUACUUGUCAAUACAACAUAAACCAGUAUCAACAUUGGAUUACUGAUAAAACUUAUCAAAAAUGUUAUUUCAUUCAAGAUUCCUCAUAUUUAAGAUUGUCUGAAACAUGUUUCAACAAAUGUUGACUUCAGUUCAGUUUUCCAUAGAAAGUGUCGGCUGCACAGAAAGAUGCGCAUAAAAAACUAUCGGAAUUCCCUUUAAAGGGGCUUGUAGCUGUUAAGAGGAGGUUUGCAGCAGUUUAAAGGGGCAUUCAGCAGUUUAAAUGGGUAUCUAGCAGUUUAAAGGGGCUUGUAGCAGUUUAGGUAAGGCUUGCAGUAGUUUGAAGGGGGCUUGUAGCAGUUUAAAGGGGGUUAUGGCAGUUUAGGGAAGGCUUGCAGUAGUUUGAAGGGGGCUUGUAGCAGUUUAAAGGGGGUUAUGGCAGUUUAGGGAAGGCUUGCAGUAGUUUGAAGGGGGCUUGUAGCAGUUUAAAGGGGGUUAUGGCAGUUUACAAGAGGUCUGUAGCAGUUAAGGGGCAUUCAGCAGUUUAAACUUUAAAACAGGCUUGAAGCUGUGUAGAUGAGGUCUGGAUAUUUCAAUUUUGAGGUGGGGGGGUUUUGUGACAGAUUGUUGUAAGUUUUCAGGAUAUCUUAGCUAGCAUUAAAGCGACAUUUCAGAUAAAAAAAUAAAAACUGAAAAAAAUAUUUUUUUGAAAAUUUCUCAUGUGCCUGAAUAGGCACAAGGGAAAAUAUCUUUUUUUUGGGCUUAAAAUUGACAUUUUCAUUGAUGUCUCAAAAAUUCAAAAAGAUCAUAAUACAAUCUCUUGAGACUCAUCAAAUUAUAUAUAUGUCUGAAUAUUGCUUAAUAAAGCCACAAUUCACAAAAAAAAUUUGUUACAAAUUUGGUGGAAAAAAACAGAGCAUGGUACAGAAAUGCAUCUUCACUGAGUGGGCAUUAUGACAUGUUAGUGAUGCUUGUACGCUAUAUAUACAUGUACAUCACAGUGCAUGUCUUCAAUUAAAUAAUUGCAUUUGCAAAAUAUUGGCAUUAUGCAGUCUUCCGGAAUGACAUGUGCACAUUCUGCUAUAUUUAUGAGAAUGCCGAGUUGUUUAAUAAGAAUACGGAAAGUGAGAGUGUCAUUAUGGGUUUGCUGGCUUUAAUAAAUUACAUGACAACCCCAUCGCUAAAUCUAUGUGUGUCGAAUUGAAAUGAAUGGUACAUAUAGAUGUAUUUUGCCUUACACUUAAAACAUGUCUUUCAGUCAAUUAUCUUUACAUUUUAUAGAUAAUUAAUCUGUAAAUGAUGUGUGAAUGGAAUGUUUUGAAACUUUGAUUUAAAUGAAUUAAUCAGUACAAUCGGUCUUCUUUUCUCUUUGGCAUUUUAUGUAAAUAAUAUAUACAAGAGCACAUUUUAGUAUGAAUCUUACGAAAAAGUGAAUCAAAUUGUAUGGGGUGGCCAUAUUUUUGGAUAUGAAAAACCUGGUAAAUUUUGUGCUUUUAAGGUUGCAUUUAAGCUAUUUUAUAGUGCCAAAUAUUGUAGGCUGUCUUAAUUUUGGUCAGGAUUCAUUAAAAUUCUACAUUUAUUUUUUGAUCUGUCAGUGUUAAAUUUGAGCAUAAUAUAAUGAAACUUUACCCUAAUGUACCAUCUAGUGCAACAGACAAUAGAGUUAAAAUUGAGUGGUAUAAAUCGAUUAUGAAAAAAGUUGUAAUAGAUUGAAAAUUACCUAAAAAUCUUAGUUGAUAAUAUUGUUUUAGAAAAUUUAAAAGCUUUGAAAUGCUUAACAAGACCUUUUAUUUCAUGUUUUUAGUGAAUUACUAGAAAUUUAGAGGGCAAUAUAUCUGGUUAUCUCAGUGAAAAAUAUAAAAGAUAUUUGAAAGAAACUAAAAAAUGGAUGAAAUUAACUUACAGGAAAUGUGCAUGAUUUGCAUGCAAGAUCAAAAUAUCUAUCAGUCAUGGACAUGUUAUUUUACACUUUCACUCUUUGUUGUGCCACUUGUGAAAAUAUUGCGUGGUGUUUUACUGAGUGAAAUAUAUUUUGAUCAUACACCAAAGCAAACAAAUCAUAAGAUCCUCGAUUUUUCUCUGUAAAGUACAGGUAUUAUUAGACACAAUUUGUGUGUUUAAUGAAAAGUUUUUACCAAAGGCUAUAUCAGCAUAAUGCUAGUUUAUUAGAUGUCUUGAGAUAUUAUUGUUUUGGAGAUUGCUUUCUAUUUCUUUUAUCUGAAAAUCUGUGAAUAUUUUGCUUUAAUAUAUAAAAUUGGGUGAAAAUUUUUAGAAUCUUCAGAGUUUGAUAUAAAAUGGAUGUCUUAUAUCGAAACAUAACACAGGAAAUGAAAAUAUAACCAGUAACCCAUGUUGAAUAUUGAUUCUUUUUAAAAGCAUGUCAGUAGGCAAUUCUAACUGACCUUAGUCUGUCAGACCUAGGGCAAUAGUUUUGACUAUUAACUGGCAAGCCAUUCAGUAUGUGUAUAAUUGAUAUGGUAUGUUCAUUAAUUUAUCAAGGUUAUUGCUGGUAAAUAGUCUUGGGGAAAAAUACACAUUCUGCGAUAAUUUUGUUAUUAUUUGAGCCGCGCCAUGAGAAAACCAACAUAGUGCAUUUGCGACCAGCAUGGAUCCAGACCAGCCUGCGCAUCCAUGCAGUCUGGUCAGGAUCCAUGCUGUUCACUUUCAAAGCCUAUUGCAAUUAGAGAAACUGUUAGCGAACAGCAUGGAUCCUGACCAGACUGUGCAGAUGUGCAGGCUGGUCUGGAUCCAUGCUUGUCGCAAAGCCACUAUGUUGGUUUUCUCAUGGCGCGGCUCAUUUAAUUUGUAUGAGAGAUUAUUAAAGUUUAUGUUUGUUAUAAAGUUAAUUUCUGAUCUUUUUUCCGAUAUAAUGAUAUUAUUGUUACUUUUCCUUAUCUUUGUUACUGUUGUAAUUAUGCUUUGAUGAGAUUUUGUCUACUUUAUUAUAUAUAUUUGGAAAAUAAUGAAUAAAUGUUUUCUUGUUGACAUUUUGACGAUUUGUAUUUUUUGUUUUGUUAUUUUGUCUUUUUUCUUAUUAAAUGGAUUUCUAUCUA